AUGGCAGACGAACAGUCGAUCUGGAUGUAUAAUCCAUCCUUGCCGCUUGCCAUAAUCGCAACUAUCAUAUACGGCAUCAUCUUCCUCAUCCUUGCUUAUCAGACUCUCAUCAGAUAUCGAGCUUGGUUCUUCAUUGUUGUCGUCGUAGGCUCAGCCAUAGAGGUCGCUGCCUACAACCUCAGGACAUAUUCCAUCCAGAAUCCAUCCGAGAUAACUCCCUUUGUCAUGACCUUGACUUAUACGGUUCUAGCUCCCGUUCUCAUCGCAGCAGGGAAUUACCUACUCAUCAGCCGUCUAAUCGUCGCUGUUCUCCCUCCAUCACGUCACCGAAUCCUUAGAAUUCCAGGUCGACAUCUGACACCGAUUUUUGUCGUAUGCGAUGUCAUCGCGUUCCUCAUUCAGGGAAGUGGUUCCGGGGUUGCGAGCUCUGGCAACUGGCAGGGGGAGAUGGAGAGGAUCGGAGUCAAGACACUUAUCGCUGGUCUAGUGUUUCAGCUUGUAGCAUUUUCGCUGUUUAUCUGCGUUUUCCGGCGAUUCCACAUUCUAGCAGGUCGCAUGGCGAUUGAUAGUGCACCCCAAGGAUGGCAGAAGGUGGUUCUCUCGGUGUACAUCUCGAGUAUCUUGAUCAUGAUUCGCUGUAUAUUUCGCGUUGUCGAAUUUGCUGGUGGAAGGGGGUCUUAUGCCUUCAACCACGAGUGGCUCUUUUGGGUUUUUGAGAGUUUGCCAAUGGUCGGCGCCAUUGGAAUCUUCUGUAUUUAUCACCCGUGUCGAUAUUUGGGGAAGAGUGGAGGUCGAUGUAAGGGCGUUCAGUCUGUAGACAGUGUUGAGUUGGCGGAGCGUCGAAAGUAG